AUGACCAAGUUUCGACCGUGUAUUGACCUCCACUCGGGACAGGUCAAGCAGAUUGUGGGUGGCACUCUGAGUAAUGUCGCUGAAGAUCUGAAAACCAACUAUGUGUCCAAACUGCCCGCCGGUCACUAUGCGGGACUGUACGAGAAGCACAACCUCCGCGGGGGACAUGUGGUGAAGCUUGGACCGGGGAAUGAAGAGGCAGCUCUGGAGGCCUUGAAAACCUGGCCUAAUGGUUUGCAGGUGGCCGGAGGUAUUACGGAUGAUAAUGCGCAAUAUUGGAUUGAUCAGGGUGCUGAGAAGGUGAUCAUCACUUCAUUCCUUUUCCCGUCUGGAAAAUUCUCCCUUGAGCGGCUCGAAUCGGUUCUUACGGCUCUCGGCGGCGAUAAAUCCAAGCUGGUCUUGGACUUGAGCUGUCGACGGAAAGACAAUACCUGGUUUGUUGCGAUGGACCGCUGGCAGACUAUUACCGAGAUGGAGAUCAACCAAGAAUCAAUUGCUUUUUUGGAGCCCUACUGCUCUGAAUUUUUGAUUCAUGCGGCAGAUGUGGAAGGCCUACAACAAGGCGUGGAUGAAGAGCUUGUAUCCAAGCUGUCCGAAUGGUGCACCAUUCCUGUGACCUAUGCUGGCGGUGCCCGCAGUCUCCAGGACUUGGAGAAGGUACAUAUCAGCAGCCAGGGCAAGGUUGACCUGACUAUUGGAAGCGCCUUGGAUAUCUUCGGGGGCUCAGGCGUGACAUUUGACGAGUGUGUUGAGUGGAACAAGACUCAUUAA